UGCCGGACCCGGUGGCGUCUACUAUUCCCAGUCACCCACAGUCUCCUCGGGCGGGGAUCGGCACCCCAAGCGCAAAGCUGACGUGCCCCCCCAGCGGUCCCCCCCCAUCUCCCACCGCCCAGUCCCCGGCAGCGAUGAGACAGAGCGGCGCCUCCCAGCCCCUGCUGAUCAACAUGUACCUGCCAGAUCCCGUCGGAGAUGGUCUUUUUAAGGAAGGGAAGAACCCGAGCUGGGGGCCGCUGAGCCCCGCGGUGCAGAAAGGCAGCGGGCAGAUCCAGUUGUGGCAGUUUCUUCUGGAGCUGCUGGCAGACCGCGCGAACGCCGGCUGCAUCGCGUGGGAGGGCGGCCAUGGUGAGUUCAAACUCACCGACCCGGACGAGGUGGCUCGACGCUGGGGCGAGCGCAAGAGCAAGCCCAACAUGAACUACGACAAGCUAAGCCGCGCACUGCGCUACUACUACGAUAAAAACAUCAUGAGCAAGGUGCACGGCAAGCGCUACGCCUACCGCUUUGACUUCCAGGGCCUGGCGCAGGCUUGCCAACCGCCGCCCGCUCACGCCCACGCCGCCGCCGCAGCAGCAGCCGCGGCCGCAGCCGCCCAGGACGGCGCACUCUACAAGCUCCCGGCCGGCCUGGCCCCGCUGCCCUUCCCUGGCCUCUCCAAACUCAACCUUAUGGCAGCCUCGGCCGGCGUCGCGCCCGCUGGCUUCUCCUACUGGCCCGGCCCGAAUGCCACCGCCGCGGCCACCGCAGCGCUCUACCCCACCCCGGGUUUGCAGCCCCCGCCCGGGCCCUUCGGCGCAGUGGCUGCCGCCUCGCACUUGGGGGGUCAUUAUCACUAGACGGUGCAGCCUGGUGCGGCGGGGCCUCUCCCAUACAUCCAGUGGUCAAUCCCACCCUCAUCCUGGAAGGAGCCCCGAAGCUUUCCCAGACAUCCCUUAAACCGGGUUUCACAGCGGCUGUGGCGCCCAGCCCAGGGAAGAAAACAUUGGAAGCUUCUGAGGUCUUCCUAGAACACGAGGCUUCCAGCCCCCCAUUGUCUCUACCCCAGGAAAGGUGAUUGUGCUCCCACUUUAGUUUUUCUCUUUCGAAUCUCCAGAACAUGGAACUCCUGUGCUGUGAUUUUUAUUCUUACCUGCACCCUGGCUCCCUCUUUAUGACCCCGGUUUUUCUAGUUUCUUUCCUCAUUUUUUUUUUCUCUCUCCCACGACCUGCUCCAAACCCCAGUACUAUGAGGCUUCUCACACUCCUCCUUCCCGGGACCUGAGAAGGUUUGGUAAACAUCUCUGCUGUCCUCCAUCCCCUUCUCCAACUCUCUGGCUUCCCUCUCUCCCACCCCCACACUCUGGCUCAAGGACCCAGCGUGUACCUAACUCUUUCAGUCCCAUUAAAGCUCCCAAGCUCC